UUACAUAUGCUGUAAGUUUCAUUUCGUCAGAAAUGGUUUUGUCGCAUGCUGGUCACCUGUUUUGUAGUUAAUGGAGAGCAAUGUUCUACUUCAGAUUUGACAAUAUAUGUACAGUUUUGCGAGGGCCAACAGUCCGGUGUUCUACGGUGACUGACAUGGAUACAACAGCUCUGCUCUACAAGGUCCUCUGCCCAUAAUGGGUCCAGAGAGCUGGGAGAAUUACGUGCCAACAUUAGCACGAUGGAAGAUGACCUGGAAAGUGUUUUAGGGAAUCAGGAGAUGUUUACCAGGGCUGUCUCUAAGGGAAACAAACUGAUAGUUGCCAAGACAAAGAUGAGGUUAUGCAGAGCUAAUGGAUGGAGUGGCUGCAGCAAUUUACACCUAUACAAGGAUGCCGUCUCUGCCAUGAGCUGACGUCAGAGCAUAACAUCAGAGUCCUGAGAGAGCAUUAACUGGAGGAACUGGACAGGAAGGAGCUGUGUACAUUACUGCUGCAGAAUGACAACGCCCUUUUACCCCCAGUAUGUUUGCUUCACAUACAACAAAGGUAGUGGAGAGUAUGGCUACUGUCCUGACAAAGGGAGCUGCAGAAGACUCCAUGUCUAUGAGCACUACAUUACAGGAACCUGUGCUGCAGACGUGGAUUGUGGCAGGUCUCAUGACUUAUACGAGCCCCACCUGAUCAACACCCUGCAGCAGAGGGGAGUACCUAAUGAACUGGUGGCAUCUAUAUUGUCCACCUACCGCAACGUCCAGGCAAUCAGUGAUACUAAUGAUGCUUGUGACAACACACUUUGGUAAAAGAUCUUGUAGAGUAGACUACACUAACCUCGUCCCUGGGCUCAAUUGCUAUUGGAUAUAAAUUAGGAGAGAGAGCUGCCAGGUGGAUGAGAUUAUACUGUACUGAUUGUAUUUUUUUAUAACACUGUCUAACUUUCUCUACUCAUCCUCAGCAAGAAAGACUCUGGUGACUGCCUGCUGAAAUCCAAAGCUUUACCCAGUCACUGGGAUAAAUCUUCAGUACCUGAAACUGGAUUCAAGAGGGUUGCUCUGCAGAGUUCCUCAACUGAGCACAAGAAUAUUCUGGAUCUUUUCCAUCAAACUAUGACUGGCUUCAGUGUGAAGAGUAUUGAGAGGGUGCAGAAUCGGAUCCUGUGGGAGGUCUUUUCGUGGCAAGGAGAUGUGAUGAGAAAGACAAAUGCAGGGAAGGAGAAUGAGAAGCAGCUCUUCCAUGGAACAGACUCUAAACCCGUGGACGCUAUAUACCUGCAGAACAUAGACUGGAGGAUGGGUGGAACACAUGGAACGCCCUAUGGGCAAGGAAGCUACUUCUCUAAGGAUGCCAAGUUCUCCAACAGCUACACCAGCCAGUCAGGAGUCAGGUCCAUGUUUGUUUGUCAUGUGCUGGUGGGAAAUUACACGCAAGGACACUCCAGCUACCUCUGCCCCCCUUCAAAAGACGGAAGUCACACCAUCUCCUAUGACAUCUGUGUGGAUGAUAUCUACAAUCCCUCUGUAUUUGUGGUGGUCGGGAAGUACCAGGUUUACGCAGAGUACCUUAUUCAGUACAGGGAAGGGUCCAGGCCUGGGACCUAUGUUCCACCACCUAACUUUGUUCAAAACCAGAGCCACCACAACAUGCACUGGCAACCUAUUCCAGUCAUGCUACACUCACAAACCACCCCUGUGCUGCCUAACAAUGCAAGUUUCAGAUCUCCUUGCCCAACAGGACAGAGAACCCCCAGACCUACCUUGACACAUGCUUCUGCACAGUUUGGCUCCCUGAACUCCCUGACACAUCCAUCGUUUCAGCCAGGUCUGAUGACUUUCGUCUCUCAUCCACCACCCUGGGUCGGCUCUAUGACCUCCAUACCACGCGCACCUCCAUCAAGGACAAGAAGAUCACAGUUUACUAAAAUGGAAGCAAAAAGUAAACCUAUGGCAUCACUAGAUAAUCUAUACGUCUUGGUAGUCCAUUUUUUCUUUUGAAAUUUAGGGGGAAAUUACCUUUAUGUAUAAAUAAAUUGUAUUUAUGGACUUUA